AUGCUAAUGAAGUCAAAUCAGCACCCAUUUGUCGAAGGGAUCAUGGAAGCAGAGCUGCCGAAGGGAUUCAAAGUCCCAGCUUUCAUGUUGUAUGAUGGAUCGACCGACCCGAUCGAUCACAUCAACUAUUUCAACUCGGUCAUGAUGGUGUAUGGCAGGUCGGACAUGGCGUCCUGUAGAUUUUUUGCAGCAUCGUUGAAAGGCGCAGCAACCUACUGGUUUUCACACCUCAGACCGAGGUCGAUCAGCGGGUUUGCUAAGUUAUCUCGAGCAUUCGUUACCCGAUUCCAGAGCAGUAUCCGGCAGAAGAAGACGGUGGCAAACCUAUUGGCUAUCAAGCAAAGGAAGGAUGAGUAUAUUUGCGACUUCAUCUCCAGGUUCAAUAGAGAGUCUCUUGACAUACCCGACAUGGAUGACUCGGUGGCAUUUAAUGCACUGCAGAGUGGUAUUACCGAUAUCGAGUUGAUAAAAUCCUUGAUAUUGAACAAGGCACACAAUAUGACUGCGCUCAUUAGUCAAUGUCAUCAAUUUGCCAGUAUGGCGGAGAUAAUUGCAGCACAAAAUGAAGUGAGUGGAAUGUAG